AUGUCUACCGACUACAAUUAUGAUGACAAGGGACAAUUUUUCCCGUUCUUUGUCCUGACCCUCACCAGUCUUGUCACACUCCCUCUCACAUACAACCUUCUCCGACCGAGCAAGGGUCUCGAAAAUACCGCUCCCCGGAUAAAGUCCGAGUUCAAGCCAGAACAUGCAGAGCUUAUUGAGGCGCAGAAGCGCAAACGCUUGCGCAAAGAGCGCCGCAUCAAGCGCAUAAUCACUGUUGUCGUGGGUUACGCUGUCAUGGCAUGGAUGGCCUAUUUGAUCGUCGUCACCGCGAGGACUGUGCCCAAAGUUUGGGACCCUUAUGACAUUCUGGGUGUUUCAAGGAGUGCCGAUGAGAAAGCUAUCUCGAGACACUACAAGCGCCUCUCACUUAUCUAUCACCCUGACAAGAUCCGCCCGGACCCCGCAAAGAAUGAGACUAUUGAGAUGCUCAACGAGCGUUUCGUUGAGCUUACCAAGGCAUACAAGGCGCUCACCGACGAGGAAAUCCGCAACAACUAUAUCCAGUAUGGCCAUCCUGAUGGCAAGCAGAGCAUGAGCAUCGGUAUCGCUCUGCCCACGUUCAUCGUUUCGGAGGGAAACUCCAAGUACACUCUGCUGGUCUACGGUGCACUGCUUGGUGUUUUGCUGCCAUACAUUGUCGGGAAAUGGUGGUAUGGCUCCCAGCGCUACACUAAGGAACGCGUUCUUGUCGCAAGUGCCGGAAACAUCUUCCGCGAAUACAAAGAGGACAUUACCGAUGGCGGCAUCGUCAACGCCCUGUCCUCCGGCGCAGAGUUCAGGGAGAUGCUCGAGGGACCUAAGAUGGAUGCUGGACUGGCCAAGCUUGAGAAAAAGGUUCUGGCUGAGGAUUCUACCUUCCUGUCGCCUGAGGAUCGCGAGGUUAUUAAGGCCAUUGCUCUCGCAUUCGGUAACGUCCGACCCAUCCUGGGUUCUUUCCGGACCUCCCAGCAUCUCAUCCAAGCUGUUGCGCCUGGCUCGUCGCCUCUCCUGCAACUCCCUCACUUCACGGAGGAAGUUGUCAAGUCCGUUGAGGGUGCCGACGCAAAGGAACACUUCACCGUCCAGAAGUUCAUGAGCAUCCCUGAAGACAAGCGUCGCAGCCUCACUGUCGGCGCUGGCCUCAUGUCCGAGGAGCAGUACACCUCCGCCGUAACCGUCGCCAAGCAGCUCCCUGUCCUGGAAGUCUCCCGUGCCUUCUUCAAGGUCAUGGGCGAAAAGGUCAUCACCCCCAGCAGUCUCGUCCAACUGGUCGUCAAGGCCCGCUUCAUCCCUCCUGGCUACAGCGCGGACGUCCCGCCAGUCAACCCCACCGACCUCGAAGACAUCGACCCCGACGAAGACGACCUCGACGCCAUCAUGGGUCGCAAACCCGCCAAGAACAAGACCACCAAGCUCGUCAACGGCGUCAAGGUCGAAGAGAAGGUCGAAACCAUCCAGCCUCCCCUCGCUCACGCUCCCUACCUGGCCCGCGACCACUCGCCCCGGUGGCACAUCUUCCUGGCCGACGCCAAGCAGGGCAAGAUGGCUGUCCCACCCUUCACCUUCACCACCUUCGACAAGCCCCUCUUCGACACCGACGGCAAGCCCACUUUCAAUGUGCAGACUCUCAAGAUGCAGUUCCAGGCUCCUCCCCAAGUCGGUGACUUUACUUUCGUCCUGAACAUGCUCUGUGAUAGCUACUUAGGUCUGGACACUAAGAUGGAAAUCACCCUUCACAUUGAUGACCCCGCCAAGGCGGCCGCUUUGGAUGAAGAAGAUGAUAUCAGUGAACCUGACGAGGACUCAAUAGCCGGCCAAAUGCAAGCCCUGAAGACCGGCCAACCACCCAAGAAGAAGACCAAGAAGCCCUCUGACGACUCCAGCGACGAUGAUGAAAGUGAUACCGACGGAGAUGCAGGAGAUACCAGUGACACGAACACAGAGACCGAUAUUGACGACUAA